AUGCAUAUGGCAGCCUUAACAGUUUUGAUUCUUGGGGUGUGGGCCAUAAUUUACCACUCAGAAGCACAAAAUUUGCCAAAAAUCUUAGAGAGGAGUAGUUCUCAUUAUAACUCCAUUUCUGAAGAUCUUACUAUUUUUGAGUAUGGAAAAUUUGAGGUGACUAAACCUAUUAAGGUGGAAAAGAUCGAGUUUUAUGCUCCGGAGCCUUUGCUCGUUGUUUCACCUAAAUUUCAAUGGAGAUACGUUAUUGUGGACAUAAUCUUUCUUUUUUUUUUCUUAACACAGCUCUUCUCAAUAAUCUACUUCCCUAGUCAAGAAGAUGAGAUAGAAAUGGCAGCUUCAAUAGCAAACUGGCUACCUACAAAUCUACAAGACGUGUUACAAACACGUGUCAACGAAGGAGCGGAUGGCACUAUAUACAAACUAGCAAUAUCCGGUCAUAGUAGAGGAGGAAAAUCAGCAUUUACUCUUGCACUUGGAUUCUCCAAAACAAAAUUAUCAGUCAAAAUUUCAUCACUUAUUGGCAUAGACCCGGUUGCCGGGUCUAGCAAAAAUGACCGUACACAACCAUACGUUCUAACAUACGUGCCCAGCUCGUUUAAUUUAUCGAUACCUGUCACGAUAAUUGGCACUGGAUUUGGUAACCAAUCCAACUUCUUCCUUCAACCUUGCGCCCCAAAUUUAGUGAACUAUCAACAAUUUUUCGACGAGUGCAAGGAAGGUUCACAUUUUGUGAUCACGGACUAUGGUCAUAUGAAAAUGUUGAAUGAUUUCGUGUAUGAUCCGGUUGCGAGUGCUGUGUCACUUGUGUGUAAAUCCGGGAGUGGUCUUAAAAGUACGAUGAGAAGAACACUAGGUGGGAUUAUGGUGGCUUUUCUUGACGCGUAUUUUGGAGAUGAAAAAGGACAGUAUUUAGCCAUUUUGGCUAAUCCUUCUUUGGCUCCUACUAAUCUUUACGUCCAAAAUAAGGGCAACUUUAGGUUACCAGGAAAUUAUGAUCCAGUUUAAUGGAUGUGGUCGAUCGUAUCAUAUGGUAUGUGAUGUGUGUUGAUGUCUUUUGCCCUACUUGUAACAAAAUAAUUAGCAGUAUUGAUGUAAUUAUUUUGUCAAUUAUGUCUCAUAGUAACGUUAAAAAUUGUCUUUCUAUAGAUUACAAGCUAGC